GAGCGCAGAGGAGGGAGAGACGUUGAGCAGCUCCGACUCUCUGCUGCACACUCCUUAAGUUUAUCUGCGCACAGUCCUCACGGCACGGCUCGCCACGGCACGUUACCAUGCGCGCGCGUCUGUAGCAUCAUCCACGGACUUUUACGGACCUUUUCCAAACUUUUCUUCGCAUUUGUCCAACUUUUGCUCACCGUUAUUUAGCGCAGAGGUGAUCCGAAGGAGUCUGAAGCUGAUCUCCUGCAGUGGAGACAAGCUUUGACUCCAGACUGCAGAGUCCGCUCAGUGCACAGGACAGGAGUUUUCUGGGAGAGUUUUUUUUUGACUGCACUGGAGUUGUAGAGGCGCAGAGGACAGAAUGCGGCACAGUGCGUGGAGCGGGACGCGGCUGCUGCUGAUGGCCGUGCUGCUUUUGGCUGCUGUGCGGUUUGGACGCGCGGCUGAAGCGGCUGAAGCGGCUGAAGCGCCUGAAGCGGCAGAAGCGGGAGAACCUGUAGUGGAGGUGGGGCUUUUGAGGGUCGAUACUCCGGAGUCCGAGCCCGGGACCAAGCAGCCACCUCCAGACUCCAGAGCCAGCAGAGCCAAGAGGCGCGGCGGCUCGGACGUCCUGAAAGGGCCAAACGUUUGUGGGUCAAGGAGCAACGCCUACUGCUGUCCCGGAUGGAAGACCCUGACCGGAGGAAACCAGUGUAUUGUCCCUAUCUGUCGCAGCUCAUGUGGCGAUGGCUUCUGCUCCAGACCCAACAUGUGCACCUGCCCCAACGGUCAGAUCUCCCCAUCCUGUGGCUCUAAAUCUGUGCAGAACUGUAACAUCCGCUGUAUGAACGGAGGGACGUGUGCGGAGGACCACUGCAUGUGUCAGAAGGGCUACAUCGGAAACCACUGCGGCCAGCCCGUGUGUGAGAACGGUUGUCUGAACGGAGGACGCUGUGUGGCUCCAAAUCGCUGUGUCUGCACCUACGGCUUCACCGGCGCCCAGUGCGAGAGAGACUACCGUACAGGGCCAUGCUUCGCCUCUGUGAAUAACCAGAUGUGCCAAGGCCAGCUAACGGGCAUCGUCUGCACCAAAACCCUCUGCUGUGCUACGGUGGGACGGGCAUGGGGGCACCCGUGUGAGAUGUGCCCGGCCCAGCCUCACCCCUGUCGCCGCGGGUUCAUCCCAAAUCACCGAACAGGAGCCUGCCAAGAUGUGGACGAGUGCCAAGCGAUCCCCGGCCUCUGUCAGGGGGGGAACUGCCUCAACACCGUGGGCUCCUUCGAGUGCAAGUGUCCCGCCGGCCACAGGUUCAACGAAAUCACGCAGAAAUGUGAAGACUUGGACGAGUGCUCGAACAUCCCGGGCGUGUGUGGGGCGGGCGAGUGUUCAAACACCGUGGGCAGUUUCUUCUGUAAAUGUCCUCAGGGCUUCUACACCUCCUCCGAUGGCUCCAAGUGUUUAGAUGCUCGCGGAGGCUACUGUUUCAGCAGUGUUUUGAACGGGCGAUGUGCCAACCAGAACUCACAGCUGCUGACCAAAGUGCAGUGCUGCUGUGACUCCGGGCGCUGCUGGUCUGACGGUUCCACGCCCGAAAUGUGCCCCAUCCGAGGGUCAGAGGAGUAUCAGAAACUGUGCCUGCUGCUUCCCGAUGGUGGAGGUGGGAUCGUCCCCGGUCGGAUCCCGAGUGGUCCAGAUGGUCCUGGGGUUUACCCGUACCCGGUGGGUCCAGGCCAGACCCCUCUGAGACCGGGUCAAAUCCCUGUAGGACCAUAUCCAGUGGGCCCCGAUCAAAUCCCCAUACAAGGCCCGGGUCCAGGGCAGUAUCCGCAGUACCCAAGCCUCCCUCUGCCGCCCCCACCAGGCCCUGUCAUAAUCCAGACUCAGAACAUCACAAACAUGUGCCAGGCGUACAGGAACCUGUGUCUGAACGGCAGGUGCAUCCCCGUCCCCAGCGCCAUCGGGUACAGGUGCGAAUGUAACAUGGGCUUCAGGCUGGACGGGCGUGGAGAGUGUAUCGAUGAAGACGAGUGUGAGAGGAACCCGUGCGUUCAUGGGGACUGUGUGAACACUCCUGGAUCGUACAUUUGUCAGUGUCCAGCUGGAUUUCAGACCACGGCGACGAGAACCGAGUGCAGAGAUCUGGAUGAAUGCGUGGCAAAUGGACGCAUCUGCAACAACGGGCGCUGUGUGAACACGGAGGGCAGCUUCCACUGUGUGUGCAACGCCGGCUUUGAGAUCUCCACCGACGGGAAGAACUGUCAAGACCAGGACGAGUGUCUGAUCCGAAACAUGUGCUUGAACGGCCUGUGUAUAAACGAGGACGGGAGCUUCAAGUGCAUCUGUAAACCUGGAUACUUGCUGGACACGAGCGGGCGCAUGUGUGUCGACAUCGACGAGUGUGAGACUCCGGGGAUGUGUAUGAACGGGCACUGUGUGAACACCGAGGGCUCCUUCAGGUGUGAGUGCAUGGCCGGGAUGGCAGUGGGCCUGGACGGGCGCGUCUGUGUAGACACACACAUGCGCAGCUCCUGUUAUGGCGGAUACAAGCGAGGGCAGUGCAUUCGACCGCUCUUCGGGGCAGUGACCAAGUCCGAGUGCUGCUGUGCCAACUCGGAGUAUGCCUACGGAGAGCCGUGCCAACCCUGCCCACCGCAAAGCUCUCCUGAGUUUCUGGCCUUGUGUCCCAAUGGAGGAGGCAUCACCGGAGAUGGGAGAGAUAUUAACGAGUGCGCGCUUGACCCGGACAUCUGCCAGAACGGAGUGUGUGAGAACAUGCUGAGGACCUAUAAGUGCACCUGUAAUGAAGGAUUUGAGGUUGAUCCUGCAGGGAAAAACUGCAUGGAUAUUGACGAGUGUCUGUUGAACCGGCGCUUGUGUGAAAACGGCCUCUGCAGAAACACUCCCGGCGGUUUCACCUGUCAGUGUCCCAAAGGAUACAACUUUGACUCCCGAACCGACGUCUGCGAAGACGUGAAUGAGUGUGAGUCCAGCCCCUGUAUCAAUGGAGACUGUGUGAACAGCCUGGGCUCCUUCGUCUGCCUCUGUUCUGUGGGCAGCUCCCUGGACAGCUCCAAGCUCGAGUGUAUCGAGACGACCAAAAGCACGUGUUGGCUGAAGAUCAUUAACAAUCGUUGUGAGGUGAACAUCAACGGAGCCACACUGAAGUCCCACUGCUGCUCGACGCUCGGAGAGGCCUGGGGCAGCCCCUGCGCCAAGUGUGAAAAAGAUCCAAUCUGUGGAAAGGGCUACGCCAGAGUCAGAGGGAAUAACUGUGAAGAUGUGGACGAGUGUCAGAUUUUCCCUGGCGUUUGCAUCAAUGGCAAAUGUGUGAACACCCAAGGGUCCUUCUUCUGUCAGUGCCCCCCCGGGAUGACCGUGGACGUGAGCGGCAGGAUGUGCAUCGACCUGCGCACGGAGCACUGUUACCUGUCCCAUGACGACGAGCGUUGUGCCGCCCCCAUCCCGGGUAAGCAUCGCGUGGACGCCUGCUGCUGCUCGGUGGGCGUGGCCUGGGGUCCUGAAUGUGACGAGUGUCCAGAGAAAGGCAGCCCUCAGUACACACAGCUCUGCCCUCGAGGUCCCGGCUUCUCUCACCGUGGAGACUUCAUCAACGGGCGGCCAUUUUUAAAAGAUAUAAACGAGUGCAGAAUGAUCAGCACUCUUUGCUCCAACGGCAGAUGCAGAAACACCAUCGGCAGCUUCAGGUGUCGCUGUGACAAUGGAUACGCUCUGGACUCAGACGAGCGGAACUGUACCGAUAUCGAUGAGUGCCGCAUUUCCCCGGAUCUUUGUGGUCAGGGCAGAUGCGUCAACACUCCGGGAGACUUUGAGUGCGAAUGCUUCGAAGGAUAUGAGAGCGGGUUUAUGAUGAUGAAAAACUGCAUGGACAUCGACGAGUGUGAGAGGAACCCCCUGCUGUGUCGAGGAGGAGACUGUGUGAACACCGAGGGAAGCUUCCAGUGUGUUUGCCCCGAAGGACACGAGAUCUCUGCAGACGGAUCAGCCUGUUUAGAUAUAAACGAGUGUGAGUUGAGCGACAGGCUUUGUAAACACGGGCAGUGCGUGAACAUGAUUGGACGUUACCAGUGCACCUGCGACACCGGGUACAAGUCCACAGAGAACAGACUGGAGUGUGUGGAUAUUGACGAGUGUACAAUUGAAAAUGGCGGCUGCGAGUCGUUCUGCACAAACUCAGAGGGGAGCUACGAGUGCAGUUGUAACAGUGGAUACGCCUUGAUGCCCGACCUGCGGAGCUGCACAGACAUCGACGAGUGUGAAGAGAGUCCAGAGAUCUGUGACGGAGGCCAGUGCACAAACACUCCAGGGACAUACCAGUGUCUCUGCUUCGACGGCUUCAUGGCGUCUGAGGACAUGAAGAGCUGCAUCGAUGUGAACGAGUGCGAGCUGAACCCGAACAUCUGCCUGAGCGGAAACUGCGAAAACACCAAGGGUUCCUUCAUCUGCCACUGCGAGAUGGGCUACUCCGUGAGGAAAGGGUCAACCGGAUGCACAGAUGUAAACGAGUGUGAGAUUGGAGCCCAUAACUGCGACCGACACGCCACUUGUACCAACACAGCGGGCAGCUUCAAGUGCCAGUGCGCCCCGGGAUGGGUCGGAAACGGACUCAAGUGCUCAGAUCUGGAUGAAUGCUCAAACGGGACUCACAUGUGCAACAACAACGCCGACUGCAUCAACACCAUGGGCUCGUACCGCUGCGCCUGUAAAGAGGGAUUCUCCGGCGACGGCUUCUUCUGCUCAGACAGCGACGAGUGUGCGGAGAACAGCAAUCUGUGUGAGAACGGACACUGUUUGAACAUGCCCGGAGGAUUCAGGUGCGAGUGCGACAUGGGCUUUAUACCCACAGAGGACGGGAAGGCCUGUGAAGAUAUCGAUGAGUGCACCUUCGCUGAUAUCUGCGUAAACGGCCGCUGUAGGAACAUCCCAGGACUGUUCAGAUGUGAAUGUAACAUCGGCUACGAGCUCGACCGGAGCGGAGGAAACUGCACAGAUAUAAAUGAGUGUGCAGACCCGACCAUCUGUAUAAAUGGAGUGUGUGUGAACAUCCCUGGAAGCUACCACUGUAACUGCCCCCCUGACUUUGAGCUUAACCCCACCCGGGUCGGCUGUGUGGAUACGAGGUCGGGUAGUUGUUUCCUUGAAAUCCGUUCCCGUGGCGAUGGUUCUGACAACUUCGCCUGCUCCAAUGAGAUCGGAGUGGGCGUGUCCAAGGCGUCGUGCUGCUGCUCGCACGGACGAGGCUGGGGAAACCCGUGUGAAUCCUGUCCCUCCGUCAACUCAACUGAAUACAAGACGUUGUGCCCGGGAGGAGAGGGCUUCAGGCCAAACCCCAUCACCGUGAUCCUGGAGGACAUCAACGAGUGCCAGGAGCUGCCCGGGCUGUGCCAGGGCGGUCGGUGCAUCAACACGUUUGGGAGCUUCCAGUGCGAGUGUCCACGAGGCUACGCCCUCAACCCCGACACCAGGGUCUGUGAAGAUGUGGAUGAGUGUGAGAACUCUGGCAUCUGCGGCCCGGGUCAGUGCUACAACACCAUCGGGAACUACACCUGCGUCUGCCCCGUCGAUUACAUGCAGGUCAACGGAGGAAACAACUGCAUGGACAUGAGGAAGAGCUACUGCUACAGGAACUUUUAUACUUAUAACCGCACGUGUGACGGAGAGCUGACCUUCAACAUGACCAAGAAAAUGUGCUGCUGCUCCUACAACAUCGGCCGAGCGUGGAACAAGCCGUGUGAAGAGUGCCCUGUGCCCAGCACCAAUGAGUUUUCAGUUCUGUGCGGGAGUGAAAGACCUGGGUUUUAUAUUGACAUCACAACAGGACGUGUGAUUGACAUCGAUGAGUGCAGAGAGAUCCCUGGCGUCUGUGAAAACGGCGUUUGUAUAAACAUGAUCGGGAGCUUCAGGUGUGAGUGCCCCCUCGGCUUCAUCUACAACGAUAAACUGCUCAUCUGCGAAGAUAUCGAUGAGUGUCAGAACGGGCCCGUGUGCCAGCAGAACGCCGCCUGUCUGAACAUGCCCGGGAGCUUCAGGUGUGAAUGUAAACCCGGGUACCGCUUCUCUCCCACUGGACAGUGCCUGGAUCGCAACGAAUGCAAUGAGAAUCCGGGAGUGUGUAAUCCCGGCCAGUGCAUCGACACUUUGGGAAGUUACCGCUGCAUCUGCCCCAACGGCUUCAAGACCACCAGGGACCAGUCCAUGUGUGUGGACAUGGAUGAGUGUGAGCGGCAGCCGUGUGGAAACGGCACCUGCAAAAACACUGUGGGCUCCUACAACUGCCUGUGUUACCCCGGAUUCACCAACUCACACAACAGCGACUGCGUGGAUGUGGACGAGUGUUCGACACAGAGAGGCCUGUGCAGACAUGGUCAGUGCGUGAACACAGUGGGCGGAUACUUCUGCGUCUGCAACGAUGGAUAUGAACUGGCUCUGGACGGCAGGGCGUGCACAGAUAUAAACGAGUGUCUGGUGAAUCCUGGGACGUGUGGAGCCGGCUCCUGUGUGAACCUGGACGGGUCGUACAGGUGCAUUUGUCCUGCUGGGUACUACCUGCACGAAGAGACCUGCGAAGAUAUCGACGAGUGCUCCCAGUCUCCUGAAAUGUGUUUGUUUGGCACCUGCUCCAACACUGAGGGAAGCUUCACCUGUAACUGCCCCGAAGGCUUCAAGCUGUCCACCUCCGGCCGAAGAUGUCUAGAUGAGCGCGUGAACUUCUGCUACACUAAGUUUGAGAACAGCCGCUGUACGACUCCAAAGGCCCAGAACACAUCCAAGGCCGAAUGCUGCUGUACCGGCAUGGCUGGACAGGGCUGGGGCAACCCCUGUGAGCUCUGCCCCACCAAAGCCGACAAAGAGUCUUACCUACUACUGUGUCCCAAUGAGGGCUAUCAACAAGGGCCAGACCAUCCUGUAGAUAUUGACGAGUGCCUGAAUAACCCGUGUGUGAACGGUCAGUGCAUAAACACAGAUGGGUCGUUCCGUUGUGAGUGUCCCAUGGGAUACAGCCUGGACACAACUGGGGUCACCUGUGAGGACACCAACGAGUGCGACGUCGGUAAUCCCUGUGGAAACGGCACAUGCACGAACGUGAUCGGCGGGUUUGAGUGUGCGUGCGACGAUGGGUUCGAGCCUGGCCCCAUGAUGACCUGUGAAGACAUCAACGAAUGCGCCCAGAACCCGCUGCUGUGUGCCUUCCGCUGUGUUAACGUCAUUGGCUCCUAUGAGUGUAAAUGUCCCACAGGCUACGUCCUACGAGAGGACAAGAGGAUGUGCAAAGAUCAAAACGAGUGCGAGGAUGGCGUGGACGACUGUGAGAGCCGAGGUAUGGCGUGUAAGAACCUGAUUGGGACGUACAUGUGCAUCUGCCCUCCAGGAUACACCCGGCAACCCGGAGGAGACCGCUGCAUCGACCUGAACGAGUGCACAGCCAAACCAGGCAUCUGUAAAAACGGCCGCUGUGAAAACACGGUGGGAAGUUACCGCUGCAGAUGUGACCAAGGAUUCAUCGCUAACCCCACACAGACAGAGUGUAUUGAUAAUCGUGAGGGCUUCUGUUUCACCGAGGUUCUGACCACGCUGUGUCAGAUGACGUCCAGUAACAGAGUCCAGGUCACCAAGUCCGAGUGCUGCUGCGACGGAGGCCGAGGCUGGGGCAACAACUGUGAGCUCUGCCCCCUCCCUGGAACCACACAGUACAAGAAGAUGUGCCCGCUCGGCCCUGGGUACACCACAGACGGAAGAGACAUAGACGAGUGUCGUGUGAUGGGGAGUCUGUGCAGGAACGGUCAGUGUGUGAACACUCUGGGCUCCUACAGCUGCAUCUGUAAACAAGGAUACACCCCCGACAUCAGCGGCACCCAGUGUGUGGACGUGGACGAGUGUAUCCAGGCUCCUAAACCGUGUAACUUCAUCUGUAAAAACACAGAGGGAAGUUAUCAGUGCUCCUGUCCACGAGGAUACAUCCUACAGGAGGACGGCAAGAGCUGCAGAGAUCUGGACGAAUGCUCGACGAAGCAGCACAACUGUCAGUUCUUGUGCGUUAACACCAUCGGGGGCUUCACCUGUAAAUGUCCCCCAGGAUUCACCCAGCACCACACGGCCUGCAUUGAUAAUAAUGAGUGUGCGUCUGACCCCAACCUGUGCGGCUCAAACGGCGUUUGCCAAAACACUCCAGGAAGCUUCAACUGUGACUGUCAGCGCGGCUUCACCAUGGACUCCAACGGGCAGAGCUGUGAAGACAUGGACGAGUGCGAUGGGAACCACAGAUGUCAACACGGCUGUCAGAACCUGGUGGGAGGAUAUCGCUGCAGCUGCCCUCAGGGAUACCUCCAGCACUACCAGUGGAACCAGUGUGUGGAUGAGAACGAGUGCCUGAACACGCAGAUCUGUGGAGGGGCGUCCUGCCACAACACUCUGGGCAGUUUCCGCUGCCUCUGCCCCACCGGCUUCAACUACGAGCAGACGUCUGGAGGCUGCAGCGACGUCAACGAGUGCUCCACCUCUGGCAACCCCUGCAAGUUCGGCUGCUCCAACACCGACGGAGGCUACCUGUGCGGAUGCCCCUCGGGGUACUUCAGAGCCGGGCAGGGGCACUGCGUCUCUGGGCUGGGUCUCUCUGGUGGCGCCUCCGCUCCAGCACCGGAGGGCGAAGAGGACGAGAACUCUCUGUCUCCUGAGGCCUGCUACGAGUGUAAGAUCAACGGGUAUCCAAAGAAAGGACGCCAACGCCGCAGCGCCAACUCCACAGGCGACGAGCUGGACAACGAGUUGCCCGAUAACGAGCCGGUGAGUCUGGCCAGUGUGGACGUCGACGACACUCUGCACUUCCACUUAAACAUCAGCGACUUGACAAACAGAGCCCACAUUCUCGAGUUCACCCCUGCCCUCUCCGCCCUGUACGACCACGUCCGCUACAGCAUCGACUACGGCAACGAAGAUGGGUUUUUCAGGAUCAACCAGCGGGACGGCGUCAGUUUCCUGCACCUCUCCAAGAAAAAGUCCCUCCUCCCUGGGGCCUAUUCGCUCCAAAUCAGCAGCGUGCCUCUGUACAAGAAGGCGGAGCUAGCUGAGUUCGAAGAUCGCCAUGAUAAAGACUACCUCACGGGACAACUUGGCGACGUACUUAAGAUGAAAGUUGAGAUUGUCCUGCAUUAACCUUACAGGGAGGACACGAAUGCAGACGUCGCCAGCAGUCGCUAACCCAAAGAAACAUUUUUUUUAAACGAAAACGCCAAAGUUAAUGUCCGAAGUGGGGUAGAAUUCGCAGGACAUCUUGCUUUGCACCGACAGGGAAGACCUUUCCACCAAAAAAGACUAAAUAAAUAUAGUUUUUGUUUUGUUUUUCGUGAAGAAGGAACGGCAUCGCUCCAUUGCCAAAGACGAUUCCACGUAUACACACAAGCCCAAGCUGCAAAUUAUGGCAUUUUUCCCGAUCAAAAACAGCUGCGGGCCAAUCGAGCGGGUGUAUGUGGAAUCGACGCAACUUUUUGAAAGGCAUACGGACUGCAAGGUUGAGUUGUUCAGCCGGUUUUGAGAAUCGCAUUAGUCUAAAUCCAUUUUUUUUCCUCUCCUUGUGAUGGAGUGAACAUACCUGGAUCCACGUAGGCCUUCUUUGCGUAUUAAUUUAAUGGUAGAAUUGUUUAAAAAGAAAAAAAAGGGGAGGAAAGGAACGCACUAAGGACUAUUGAGGUGUAGCCACGAUCGAGCUUGAAUGUUUCCUGCUGCCUAUUUAAAACUUGCUUUGCCCAUCUGUUUCUACUGACCAAGAUAGCUCAAAUGUACUGGUGCUAAGGCCUGUCACGGUAACGCAUUUUGAAGUUUGAUAUAUCACUCUGAAAUAAAUAUAGACGAUAAACGAUGAUAUGGAAAGUAGUUUAUGCCACUGACAUAAAAACUAUUCUAAAUCUACAAUGUUGUUUAAAAAAGUACUUGGUUUGCUUCUGUAAUGAGCACAGACUGUAUAUAUAAAUGGACAUAGCAAACCUGCUAGCCGCCGCGUUCCAACCAGGAAGUGAUCAUGUGCGCGCUUCUGGCUCAUUUUGGUCUUAAAUGUUCGUAUUAACCCGCUCUACAUGAUCCUGGGUUUUUAUUUCACUAUUGUGUCUGUAAAUCAAGAUAUGAACAUUAAUAACAGACAGAUCCAGCACCUUUUUUACCCAAGGUCGCUCCAGCUAGCAUUAGCAACACGUUUGAUUAACAGCGUUGCUAAGCGAAGGCACGUUACUUCCAACAGCUUCGCUCCAGAUUGGCUCUUUGGUUGCUAUGAUACUCACAGUCAAAAUUCCAAAUAUGUAAAUCUGCACCAAAUUAGCCGCUAUAACUGCUAGCCAUGAUUAGCUUAAUUUGAGCUGAACGCUGCGGGUGACGUCCACUUCUUUAUACAGUCUGUGUUAAUGAGUUGUAGAAGUUAUAAAUUAAACCUUUGAUGGCUUAAAUCUAAAUCAUAAAGCCAAAAAAUAACCAAAAAUGUCCCAGUAGUGCAAAGGAAACGUAAGCACGAUAAAAACUGACCCUAAAAACACUUCCAGUUCCAGUUUCCAUAUGUAGAAGUCGACACAUUCACGAUCGUGACAGGCCUCCUGGUGCUAGCAACAAGACCAUGUAGACUUGCACUGUUCUUUAUCCACAAAUGGACAACAUACAAACCCAUUAUUUGCCAAUUUAGGAAAACGUUUCAUCGUCGUAGCAACGGUAACAGCUAGCUUCAUAGCCUCUCUGCUCUUUCUAUGUAAAUUGUUUAUACUGUAGUACUCAAUGCCACUUUUAAUCUAUGAAGAAUUGUAAAGGAGGCUCUUUUGAAUAGAGGGCUUUGUAAUGGUGCUUAUAAGACCAACUACUUCCUUUUUAAACUGUGUAAACAUGCACACACACCAAGAUACACAAACAUGGAUGAUGACAAUCUUUAUGAAUGAGAUUGAUGCACUGAGGUCGACACGGACCAAACAAUCUCCCACAAUUCAGUGCUGCCUUUCCUCAGACCUGCCUGACACCGGCCCGUCUGAGGGGUUAGUUGUACAUUCACAAUAAAACAUACUUUUGGUCUAAA